AUGUUGUCCGCAUUUGGCCGCGCCGCCGUACGGCAGGUGUGUGUCGCCGGCAGCCUCUCCAUUCGCAGCGCAGGUCGCCUCGGCGCACCCGUCAUUCCGAGCGGUUACCGUGUCGUCGCCGUUUUCACCAGAGGUCUCGCUACCGCUGUUGCCCCGAAGAGAACGACCAGGGCCACGACCGCUGCGGCAUCGAAGAAAGCGCCCGCCGCUAAGAAGACUACCUCUACCAAGAAGACGACCACGAAGACUGCGAAGAAGCCGGCCGCGAAAAAGGCUGUAAAGUCCAAGGCGAAGCCCAAGGCGAAGAAGGCUGCCAAGAAGCCGGCGACCAGAAAGCCGAAGAAGCUCACGGACGAGCAGAAGGACAGGAUCAAGCUGCGCGCUUUGAAGGAGAGGGCAUUGUUGAAGGAACAGCCGGCCAAACUUCCCGUGACAUCAUGGAACCUUUAUCUGGUCAAGAAUCUGAAGGAGAGACUCAACAAGGAACCCAAGCCUACCUUUGCCGAUGCUAUACGCCAACUCUCGGCCGAGCACAAAGCUUUGCCGGAACAGGAGAAGGAGAAACUCGACCUCGAGGCCCAGAAGAACAAGACUGCCAAUGAGAUCAACCUCAAAAACUGGAUCGAUAGCCACUCUGUCCAGGAGAUUCGUGAGGCGAACGUGGCUCGCAACUUGCUCAAGCGCAGGAAGUCGGCCCCGACCAAGCACACCCUUCCUGACUCCCGCUUCCCCAAGGGGCGCUUGACCGCCUACAUGGCCUAUGUCAAGACCCGCUACACGUCUCAGGAGUUCGAGGGCCUCCAGAGCAAGGCCAGGCUCUCCCAUAUCAGCAGCGAGUGGAAGGAAUUCAACGACGAGCAGCGCAAGCCCUAUGUGGACAUUGAGAAAACCGACCGUGCCCGUUACGAGAAGGAGAUGGAGGCGUACCGUGAGACCAUUGAGAAGAAGUAA